AAGAGUUAGCCCAGGUGCUUCUUCAGAUGGUAUUAAACUACCACAAAGAACAAGAGCAGUUAAAUAACGGAAAACCACUGGCAUUUAGAGUAGGUCAGUCAUUUUUGUCCAGUAAAUAAAUAAUUCUUAAUUUUCUUUUCUGCUAUUAAAAUGAUCCCUGACCUUUAGUCUUAAUAUUAAAAAAAAAUCUUUCUACUCAGGAUUUUUGGAAUGAAUUUUAGAUGUCUUUUCUUUGACAAUCAGCUUUAGAUCAUUGAUUCAUGGGUAUUAUUAAAUUGAAAGAUUUUGACUUGGUCAUAUGAGUCAUGGUUUGUUAAGAGAAAAAUAAAAAUAAAUUUUCCUUCUUCAAAGUGAGAGGCUCAACAUAUAGAAUAUUACUAUUUUAAAGAAGAGGAAUCUAUACUGAAAAUAAUAUUAACAUUAUUUUCUGAGAGUUUUUUAUUUUGGUGAUUAAGAGCCAUGAGUGAAUUGUCCAGUUUUUGUCUUUGUUCUAGAUAAUUACUCUCUUAGACAACAUUUUCAGUUUCCUUUUUCUUUAGUAGGCAAAGCAAGUUCUUUAUGGACCUCUUCUAUUACAUGUAAGAGUGUCUGGGAAUAGCUUGAAAUCUAGUCAUCUUGACAUUAAAUAUAUUUUAAGAGGUGUUCUACCCUUUUUAUUACUAGCCUGUAACACCUGAAAGACUAUUUUGAUUUCUGGAAAUAGUGAUUUAUUUCUGAAACUGCAAAAUCAUUGUAUAUGUGUCUGACCACAUAAAGAGAAUCGAACAAAUCAGAUUUAUGACCAUGGGGAGUGAUCAAAUAAUUAAAGUUGUGAAUAAAGUAAUAAGGAAAACUGCCUUAAGUGGCUUGAAGUUAUUUUAGAUUUAUAUUACCUAAAAGAUUUUUUUCCAGACUUAGUUUAAUACAUAAUCUUUAGUUCUUAGUUUGGGAGGCAUUCUAUAUUUGCUUUAGAAAUAGUUUCUAAACUGUGCUUUAUCAGUAUUUGAAAUAGCUUGUGAUUUUUCACUUUUCUGUAUACCACCCUGAACUGGCAUAUUAUCUGUUAUAUAUGUCCUUAUUUUGAAAGGUAACAGUGAUCCAUAAUAAUCAUCUUUAUAUAAUUAACAACAAACAUAGCGGAGCACACUACAAAAACAAAUUCUAGAUGGAUGAAAAACUUUAGUUGUUAGAUUAAAUGGAUUUCUUUUUAAAAAAGUAAAGUCUUAGAAAUGUCUGGAAGUAGAGUCAGAACUGGUUGACAGCUUGGUCCAAAUUUGCGACUUUUUUUUCCUGACAGCCUCCACUUAUUUUAAUCAUAUUAGUCUAGGUAGAGCAGUGCCUCUAGUAUAGAUACCAUAGAUUAUCAUCAUCAUUAUCAUCAAGGGACAUUGAACAGCUGUACAGUAUGCAAGAGACUAUGGAAGGGUUGUCUGGUCCCCCAGGGGCUGGGAAAUCAACAUUUAUAGAAUAUUUGGGGAAGAUGCUUACUAGGAAUGGACACAAAGUAUCUGUGUUGGCAGUGGACCCUUCCUCCUCUACAAGUGGUGGUUCACUUUUGGGUGAUAAAACGCGGAUGAUUGAAUUAUCAAAAGACAUGAAUGCGUACAUCAGACCAUCUCCUACCAGAGGAACUUUAGGAGGUGUGACAAGGACUACUAAUGAAGCUAUUCUUCUCUGUGAAGGAGCAGGAUAUGAUAUUAUUCUUAUUGAAACUGUAGGUGUGGGGCAGUCAGAGUUUGCUGUUGCAGACAUGGUUGAUAUGUUUGUUUUAUUAAUACCGCCAGCAGGAGGAGAUGAAUUACAGGGCAUCAAAAGGGGUAUAAUUGAAAUGGCUGAUCUGGUAGUUAUAACUAAAUCUGAUGGGGACUUGGUUGUACCAGCUCGAAGGAUACAAGCAGAAUAUGUGAGUGCAUUAAAAUUACUCCGCAAGCGCUCAAAAGUCUGGAAACCAAAAGUAGUACGCAUUUCUGCAAAAACUGGAGAAGGCAUCACUGAGAUGUGGGACAGAAUGAAAGAAUUCAGGGACCUAAGGCUCGCCAGUCAUGAGCUCAUUGCCAGGAGACAGCAGCAGCAGAAGGUCUGGAUGUGGAACCUAAUCCAGGAAAGUGUGUUAGAACGUUUCCGAAAUUGUUCAGCAGUGAAGGACCAAAUUCCUCUUCUGGAAGAAAAGGUUGCCAAUGGAGAUCUUUCUCCAGGACUAGCAGCAGAUAUAUUGCUGAAAGCUUUUAAAUCUUGAGACUAAUUUAUGUGAUUCUUCAAUAUUGUUAAAAUAUUUUAAUAUUAAAAUUCUCUCAUAUUAUUUAUAAUCUGUCAUUUAUUUUUAUGGCCAAAUUUGAUUCCCAUAUUUGAGAUUCACACUUGGUAAAUGUAUCAGUGGUAGAGAUGAGGCAAUUUCACAACACUUAGGGAAGUUCCCACCAUCCGUUACUAAUUAUAUUCUUUUUCUGUUCCUCCUGGCACAGAGAAGUGGGAUUUGCUGAGCUCUUGCCCACAAGUGCAGAGGCGAUGCAGGAUUGGCUUCUGUCCUUAGCCAGGAACAAAGGAUACUGAGAGAGGCAGAAAGGAGAUCAUGUCCCAGAAAUACUUUCCUUCAUUCCAGGCAAAAAAAAUCAGUAUGUGACCACAUUUUUAAAGCUCUGUUUGGUGCUAAUAAUAAUAGAGUCAUUUUUGAAAACCUUAAAAAUAUGGUUGACAUUUAGUGAGUAUCAGAUUCAUUGAGGAAUUUUUAAAAUAGUUACUUAUGGUGUAAAGUUAGCAAAAGAGUUGGGGAAAAUAUGUGAUGGCUAAAUUAUAGGAUAUCUGCUCAGAUUUGAAUAUCAAUCUCAAAAGAGAAACAGAACCAUAUAAAAGGUCAGGAAAUCCAUUGUAACUAUAUGGGCCAGGUGAUCUAGUUCCAGUUAAUCUCCCAAAGGACAGCAUGGGCACUCUCCCAAAUUCUUGCUAAUCCUUAAUUAAAUUUUAAUUAUACAAUUUGUACUGAUUUAAACUUUUUAUUUCUU